AUGUCAGCAGCAGCACUAGAAGACGCAACCGUAUUAAAGACACGACUCGAAGAAUACGAAAAAAAGUACAAAGAAGAGCACGCACAAUUGGUCAAUUUUCAAAAGAAACUCACACAAGCAGGUACUCAUCUAAAAUCAUUGGCACAAGAGAAUGCGAAAUUAAACAAAUCUUUGACGGAUCAAAAGAAUCAACUCGACGAGAAAGAUGAUCAGCUCAAACAACUGGAACACAAACUGGAAAGCACAGCACAAGGCCAUCAAAAGGAGAUCAAGCAGUUGGUCGAUAUUUUGGAAAACAUGAUUGACGAGGGCGAAGGGGGAUCACCUUCCAACACAACGCCUGAUGUCUCUACCUCCACACUAUUGGACAGUUAUGUCAAGUCGGUACAAAAGCGCUUAAGCAAAGCGACUGAGCAGCCGAGCCAAAAGAAGCCAAACAAAGAAAAUGAAGCGCUGCAAGCACACAUCAAGAAAUUAGAGCAAGAAAUCAAAGACUUGAAAAAGACGGAUCAUGUCGAGAUUAUCCACCAGAGUUUAACCAGCAUACUAAACGAUCCGGAAAAUGGGAUUAUCGAUAGUUCCGUGCCUCCCUCCAUUUUGUUGCUCUUGGAACAAGUUCGAAGCACUCUACAAGAACAACAAGAGCAGAUCAAAAACGCACAUCAAAAGCACACGGCUGAGCUGGAGGAAGCACAAAAGGAUCUCAAGCGACAAAUCACACAACUCAGCAUCACCAUCAACGAAUUGACCGACGAUAGGGAGCGUGCCAUCAGCGAAAAGGAAGAAAUCCUAGGCCAACUGGAGCAACUCACCACACUGGAAACACAAAUCAAAGAGUUGGGGUCGAAAUUGGCAACCACUGAGAAAGAAAAGAAGGAGAGUCAAGACAGAGAAAAGCAGCUUUCCAAGGAACACCAGUCGUUGUUGGGCAAAUUAUCUCAUAUCAAGGAAACACUGACACCCCGAUUGGAACAAGACAAGCAAUUGAGACAAAAAGUGAGCGAACUUACGCAAGAGCUGGACAACACGCGUCAAGAACUGGAGCAGAGUCGGUCUGAUAUGAUGUUGCGCGACCAAGAAUCAUCACAGCAAAUCGAGAGCUUGGACCAAGAAAUCACACAACUCUCUCGCAAGCUGGAAAAUGUGCAACAGGAGAGAGAGGAAUACGAAGCUAUGGCGAUGCAACUGGAUGCCGAAUGCAAUCAAGUGCGUGAACAGUUAAAGUCAAGUCAAUUCGAGCUGUCUCAACUCAAAUCACACAUGGAAUCCGAGAAACUGGAAUAUGAAUCUGAAAAGGCCAGCCUUGCCAAUCUACAGACCGUGCUCGAAGAAUUCCAAGCAACCAAAGACGCUGAGAUGCAAGCUGCUGUGGAGCACAUUGAGAGACAACUCGCAGUCGCCAAAAAGUCAUGGGCUGAAUACGAAGAAAGAGCUCAUAUUGCUGAAGCCGCGUUGGCCAAGUACCAGCAAGAUGUAGGCAAAACUCAAAAAUACGAGCAAGAGAUCAAAGAAAAGAACUUGUUGAUUGGCAAGUUGCGACACGAAGCCAUCAUUCUGAAUGAGCACUUGGUGGAAGCCAUGCGAAAGCUCAAGGAGGAGACAAGCGAAAGCAACGUGGACAGACAGUUGAUUACCAACUUGCUGGUGGGAUUCUUGAUGGCACCCAGAGGAGACCGUAAACGAUUCGAUAUUCUCACUAUUAUAUCCAACGUGCUGCAAUUAACAGAGGAACAAAAGGAACAAAUUGGCUUAUCCAGACCCAAGCAUGGCACUUAUACAAGUGGUAGUAACACAACUGCAUUCAGCCCCAUCACUUCGCCUGUAUUAGACAAACCACCACAAAAGGAAUCAUUCACAGAUGCCUGGAUCUCGUUUUUGCUAAAGGAAUCAAGUCCUCUGAGAAGAAAUAGAUCUGCAGUGACAUUAUCCAAUACCACCAAAGAUGGUGAUAGCAUUGAUUUAUAA